UCAAAGGACAGUGUGGAGGAAAGGGGCUAUACAGCCAAAGAUGCCCAGAAUUAAAUUGAAUAUAUACCCAAUGACGUGCUACAAUACUACAAAUUGACUGGCAAGUGGAUGUUUCUUAACGACAUUCACUGGGCAAUUUAUUGCGAAUUCUCAGUCUAUAUCUACACCGUCUUCAUUGAUGCAUCGAAUGAUAAGCAUUGUUUCUUGGCACGAUGCGCUGAGGAUAACCACCAAUUGCUGUUGCUUCACUAUACUGCUUUGUGGACUCCAAUACCCAGUGUUACAUUCCCAGCUUACAGACAAGUGGGCAGGAUGUUGUCCACUCGAACUUGCCAGCCACUUCAUGCUCCUUGUACCCGAUUUCCGGAGUGGGUUACCGGCAAUGAGCGGGGUCAUUGCGUCCUCCGGGAGGAUGAGCUGUCGAUGGAGAGCGAUCUGAUGCUGGAAACCUCUUGCAGCCGCACCACUGCGGGUGCACCCAGAGGCGCUAUUCGCCAGUUUUCAGUUUAUGACACCCACGCUGGUGCUAGCCUCUGCAUGGCUUUCACGGUUCGCGUGGCCUCUGCCACCAUCACCACCUCCAGCAUUACAAGACUCUGGUGUCGGUGUAUUGGAUUCGUUCAAAGGGGCACUAAAGCCCAAUGCUAUAGCAUAGCUCCGAUGAAAUUCUUAGAUCCUGCCUGCAACGAAACCGUGACUUUGAAGUCGUCACUAUGCCGGCACCAGCGUCUUGCGAAUUCGUAUAACGGACUUUUCGUCAAGCCCAUAUCCGUGCGUGCACAUCCACUGGUUCGGUUUAACGAUUAUGUACAAGGAGACAUAUACGGAAGUGAGUUCUAAACCAGGCUGACACCAUUGGAUCGAAGGGAGUGUAUUUGGCUUGAACCCUGGAUUUAAUGCAGCCUAGGAUUGAACUGUAAGGAACAUGGGUCUUCCAAUAUUUAGUCUUGGCCAAUAAGGUUGUUCUUAAUCUGGACAGAAAAUCAUGAGCAAAUUGAAGCCGUAACCCAUGGUAUGGUUGACAAGUGAUUAAACAUGAGGUGAUUGUUAUGUGCGUUGGGAUUACCGGAAGCGAUACAACAUCGAAGGAUACCCUUCUGUGUAUGCUUGGAGGGGCAAUGCAAUACCGAAAUGCAAAAUAAUCUGGCAAGAGACGGUAAUCUUCACUCAACAU